AUGGCCCUGACACAGCCCCCUGACAGUGAAUAUCACGUCGGAGAACAGAAUGAACUGCCCCUCACAUGUGAGCUGUUGGCCAUUGUUUGGGCGAUUACUUGGAUCAUCGAGUAUGGCCCCUCAUAUGAGGUUGGGAUAGAGCUUAGGUACGAUUGUACUUCGGCUGGUCGAGGCACCUUUGCUGAUUACAAAGUUGCGACAGGUGCCCAACAUGCCAGCAGUUCGGAACUGGCACACUUUGCGUGUUAUCUUCGUCAACUUGCGGACCGGCGUGUGUCCCUGACACAUGCUCACGUGCCCGGACACAGUGGAGAUGUUGGCAACGAGCUUUGCAAUGAGCUGUCCAAAUAUUGCAGACGGCACGGUAUGCAUUUCACAGACAUUUGCCUCCCUCGUUGGCCUGGCCAGGUCUUCCGGCACCCAUUGAAAGCCUGGCUCUGGCUCGUCGACCAGCAUAGUGGUGAUACGCCAACGCUCUUUGCUUUAGAGAGUGAGUCCGUGCGCUUACAGGCACAACCCAGGCUGCCUACACAUGGGCCACAGCUUGGCUCUCAUGAGACUGAACGGAGCGUCAACAACCUUGUUUCAAGCAUGUCACUUGCUUCUUACAAUGUUCUUACCCUCAUGGACCCCAGCCGUCCAGGGAAAAACGCCCGUCAGGAAGGUCUCAAAGUUUCUGCCAAAAGAUGCCUAUUAAAGCGGCAGCUCCAGCAGCUCAACGUGCUUCUCUGUGGCAUCCAAGAAACGCGCAUUGUGUGCACGGAAAUGCUACCAGAUGCGGAUUUUUGGAUGAUACAUUCAGCCGCCACUCCAGCCGGGCAUCAUGGUGUUGCCCUCUGGAUUAGCCGUAAGCUACCAUACGCAAGAUGCGGCCAGCACAUGUGGUACUUCGAAAAGGACCACUGCGCGGUGACCAGCUUUUCUCCAAGACACUUGGUCGUGCAGUUAAAUGCACCCUACGUCUCCUGGACGGUCCUAGUUUGCCAUGGCCCGUCAGAGCCGCCGGCAGCUUCCGGCACCGCAGCCGCUUUCUGGGCUACAUGCCGCCGAGCAGUCGCAAAACGCCCGUCUCAUUCCGAACUUAUUGUUCUUACUGAUGCUAAUGCGCACCUCGGGUCCCUCAGCUCAGUUGCUGUAGGCGACGUGGCGCCUGAAACCGAGACUGCAGCGGGAACUGCCUUUCACGACUUUCUUGCUGAUCAGGAUCUCUUUCUGCCCUCUACUUUUGCCAGUUCCCACCAUGGUCCCUCGCACACGUGGGUCGCGCCUUCAGGGGCAGGGCACAGACUCGAUUACAUUGCGGUCCCUACACAGUGGCCCAUUGAGGGCGUCAAGUCUACAGUCCUCUAUCAGUUUGAAAGCCUGCAGCUCAGUGUCGAUCAUUACCCCGUGCUGCUACAAUGUAACCUCAUGUGCAGGGACCCUGAGGCCCACUUCACCACCUUUCGACGACGAGCAGUACGACCUGCCACUACAGUGCCUACUCCCCAAUAUCUUGCUGCACUCACAGUUGCCCGGCAGCAACCGUCCCUGCAAUGGACUGCACAGGUCGACGACCAUUUUGCCGCCCUGACCACUGCCUGGACGAAUGCCAGCAAAAGUCUUGAUGAGCCCAAUGCCCCCAAGCCACGCCAGGCAUAUCUCCAGCCGGACACCCUUCAGCUUGUCCGCCAACGCAAAGGAGUUCGAGUUGCUCUCUCACAGACCCAUCAGGAGCUACGCCGGCGGAUAGAGUACCUGCAGGGCCUGGUUCGACGCGUUGCGGCCUCUGACAUUCGUGACCCCAAGAACUUAUUCCGGGCCGUUCGCAAAGCAUUUCCAGCAGCGUCAUCCAAAAGAAGACAGGCUUUUCAGCCUAUUCCAGCCAUUCAAAAUGCUGAGGGAGAGCUUGCCUCCAACCGUGACGAUCGACAUGAGGUGUGGCGCUCUCACUUCGCAGCCCUCGAAGAUGGAGAGCCUAUUCUAGCGGAGGACUACCCGGACCGCUUUGCCGAGCAGAGGCAAGCGGUCUCGCUGUCAUCAGGAUUCGACAUCCAUGCCCUAGCCACACUUACUGCCAUAGAACAAUUGGCUUUAGGUCUCAAACGAGGGAAAGCCUGUGGACCGGACGGCCUGACCGGAGAACUCCUGCAGCUCGCGCCUGCUGCGACGGCCCGCCUUCUAGCUCCACUUUUCCUUAAAUCGGCCAUGGGCAUCCAGGAGCCGCUUGAAUUCCGCGGAGGAUGUCUCAUUCCUCUUGCAAAACAGGCACAUGAAAGCUGUAUCAUAGACAUGUACGGAGCUGCCUUUGUAAUCAUCUACCUGCAGUCGACCUCCAAGCUGGAGCUGUCCCAGGCAGCAUUCUACCGUGUCAUUCGUCAGCUAGUCGCACCUGUGGGCGACGACGACAGAAGCCUGCGUAAAUUCUUCCAUACCCUUGGAGUGCCGCCGGAAGCGCUCCAGGAAUUGGCAGGCGAUAGCCUUGCCGAUGUCUUCUUCGGUUUCGCCUUUGCAGCGUAUCUUCGGACAUCUGACGUCGCUCUUGACACCAUCGGUCUCUCUACCGCCACACCGACCUUGAAGACUGUUCCCCCGUGGGGAUCGGAAAUUGCUCCUCCACGUCUAGGAGCUGGUGCUUGGGCUGAUGACUUUGUCCAUUUUCACCGGCAGCCCCAACUCGACCACUUAGUCUCCAACGUUCUGCGCAUAGUGACUGUAUAUGUCGAGCGUUCCGACGCUAUUGGCAUGCAGCUCACGUUUGCUAAGGACAAAACAGCUGCCAUGCUCUCGAUUCAGGACUUGAGCCAAACGGGCCUGGCAUGUGUCCGUCCCGGUCCAGAGGGCUAUUGCAUCAUAGGGCAGAGCGCCGUCACCAAGCUCACCUUUGAGCUGCCCAUAGUUGAUGCCUACAGGCACCUAGGUGGCAUCAUGACUAGCACAGGCACUCCAGCGCCCGAAAUUGCAUUUCGAUCGGCGCAAGCUUGGAUCCCUGUCCGCCCUUUACGCACCAAGUUGUUUGCGGCACCAGGCAUUCCGCUUGAGGUUCGCCGCCACCUUUUGCGUUCCCUGGCUAUGUCCCGUUUUGUGUUCGGCUCUGCGGUGCUGCGUCUCCAUGUUGCAGUUCACUUCCGUGCUUGGGCACGAGCCUAUGUAGCACUUUGGAGAUCCCUCCAUCGUAGACAGCAGCACGAGAAAACGCCCCAUGCCUACGAGACCCUUCUGCGGGCUUCCGCGCCCUCCCCACCACUUGCACUGGCAUUGGCAAGGGCCGCCCUUCUGCGUCAAAUCGUGCAUACCGGCCCGUCGACACUCCGCCAUUUGCUCUGGCAUCAAUGGGAGGCUGACCGAGACUCCUCAUGGUUGGGACAGAUAGUGAAGGAUAUUAAGCAUGCUGCGCUGUACAGUCCGACAGCAGAGACUCUGCUGUCGGACGGACGUCCUCUCCACGGCCUUAUCGAAGCUAUCCUUGAUCAGCCCAUGUGGUGGACACGGCUCCUCAAGGGAUCUCCCGUUCCAAUGUCAUCUGUGUCAGGCUUCUUUUCCCAUGCGUAA